GGUGGAGGCAGGAUAAAAAGCCUAAAAUGGCCACCAUACCCUGCUCACCAUCACCACCACCAUCAUCAUCAUCCUCAUCACUACUCGCAGCACCACCUCAGAAGCCCAUCCCCUAGCGUCCGUCCAGGGAAUGUGCCCCGUAUGCGCAUGGGCGGAGAGACUGCCGCUGUGCGCUGUUAUUAUUGUAAGAGUAAUUUCUUUUUUACGAAAAUGGCGUCUAGUCAGGGAGGUGUGGGAGCUGUCACGGCUCUACAAAGCCAUCACUACUCGAGCGGACCUCACUGGAGCCCGGGCGUCAGCCAGUACCAGCAGCACCAGCAGCAGCACCACACGGCCCGCAGCCUGGACCGGGCUCUGGAGGAUGCCGUGUGCUCGGGGAUACUGAACCUGAGCGGGAGGAAGCUGAGGGAGUACCCGGGGAUGAGCUACGAUCUGACCGAUACAACACAAGCAGACUUGUCCAAGAAUCGCCUCACAGAAAUCCCCCCUGAAGUGUGUCUCUUCGCCCCCCUCGAGUCGCUAAACCUCUACCACAACUGCAUCAAGUGCAUCCCAGAAGCCAUUAUCAAUCUGCAGAUGCUGACUUAUCUAGACAUCAGCCGAAAUCUCCUGUCAGUUUUGCCAAAAUACUUGUUCAGCCUCCCCCUCAAAGUUCUGCUCGUGAGCAACAACAAGCUUGUGUCCAUCCCCGAGGAGAUCGGCAAGGCCAAAGAGUUGAUGGAACUGGACGUGAGCUGUAAUGAGAUCCAGGUGCUGCCAGCUCAGGUGGGGAGGCUUCAUGCCUUACGAGAACUCAACAUCAGGAAGAACUGUCUUCACAUGCUGCCUGAGGAGUUGGCUGACCUGCCUCUCAUCCGACUUGACUUCUCCUGCAAUAAGAUCACAGAGAUUCCUCCAGCUUACAGGAAACUCAGGCAGUUGCAGCACAUCAUCCUAGAUAACAAUCCUAUGCAGUCUCCACCAGCACAGAUUUGUCUCAAGGGCAAAGUGCACAUAUUCAAGUACCUGAACAUCCAGGCGUGCAGGAUGGACAAGAAGCCGGACACCCUGGACCUCCCCUCCCUCGGCAAGCGUUGCCUUCCACAGCCACUUACAGAUAGCAUGGAAGAUUUUUAUCCCAGUAAGAACCACGGGCCUGACUCUGGAAUCGGUAGUGACAAUGGUGACAAGAGGCUGUCUACAACUGAGCCUUCAGACGACGACACUGUCAGCCUGCACUCUCAGGUUUCAGAGACAGCCCGUGCUGAUGCCCUGUCGCUCCUCUCCAAAAUGGAUUCUUGCAAAGAUCAGGAUCUCUAUGACUUUAUAGACCCCAACCCGGACGAGGAUCCUGCUCUGUCAGAGUGUGACGGGCAGCAGAGCAGUCAUGUGUCUUGUAUAAAGGAACUGGAGAAAGUUCUUAACAUGUCUCACCAAAGCAAAGAUAAAGACGGCUGGAAAGAGGAGUCAGGCUCUGACAAGGAGCAGCUGGUCGAGGAAGAGGACGAUGAGCUGAAAGAAGUGCUGGAUCUGAGGAAGAUUGCUGUCCAGCUUCUGCAGCAGGAGCAGCAGAAUAGACGACGGUCCUUAAUUUGCAGAGCAGAGAGUCUUAUUCACCGACGGAGAGUGACCGGCCGAGCACACAGAUUCUUGAGUCACUCUGGAAGCUCCGGCAGCAAGCCGAGGCCACCGCCUCAGACGACUCGCAGUGCUUCUCUGGAUGAAGGAAGUAGUGGAGCAUCGGUGCUGAGUGGACAGCCUUCUUCCUCCUGCUCCUUUGAUGGCAGCCUGAAGACAGAUCAGUCAGACUCAGAGCCAAAGUGGCCCGAAGUCCCACCAGUCCUCAAUCAGAAUGAAGAUCGCAGGCGGAACAAGUACCUGAGAAAAGAUUAUCUGAAGUAUAAGUGUCAGAGUGCUCGGAAAAGCUCCAGUGGGAACGAUGACUGUGAGGAGGGCUUGCGCAAUGCCGAGUUUAGCACCACUCUGACAGUGUUUGGACUCAAGCCCAGAUCAGCUUUCACCAGAGGAAGCCGCCAGGAGUACAGCUCGACAGACCCCAGUUUCACCAUGAGGAGGAAGAUGGAGCACUUGAGAGAGGAAAUGGAGCAGAUUGGACUGUUACGGCAGAACAUCGAGUCCAGACUGAAGGUGUUGCUCCCAGACGAUGUUGGAGCUGCUCUGAUGGAUGGGGUCGUCCUUUGCCAUUUAGCCAAUCACAUUUGUCCUCGGUCCGUCGCCAGCAUCCAUGUGCCGUCUCCUGCAGUGCCAAAGCUUAGCAUGGCUAAAUGCCGUAGGAAUGUGGAGAACUUCUUGGAUGCCUGUAAGAAGCUGGGUGUCACACAGGACAAGCUGUGUCUGCCCCACCACAUCCUAGAAGAGCGUGGCCUGGUGAAGGUGGGCGUGACCGUGCAGGCUCUGCUGGAUCUGCCUGCAUCGAAGCCCACACAACUGUCAGCCGUUUGACACGAGCCUGAAUGUUGCGUCCAACCCACAGUCAUCCAGCCAACCCCUCUCCCCUUCCUGAACCUACACCCCAUCGCCAGGGACCAGAGAGCCCCUCAGGGUGAGGACCCAGUGGGCUGUGGGUCGUUGGGAGUCUGCUUCUGCCUGACUGAAAUGGGAGACAGGAGUGAGAAAUACCUCUGUCUCUUUAUAUGAUGUCAGCCGCCACCCCACUUCCUGUCCAUCACAUUUUUACUUGUAUCCUGUUCCUAAUUACUGGGGUCAUCCUGUAUGUGUGUGGACUAGCAGUGUGACUGUGUGUUUCCUGAGCUGCACAGCUUGCCGAGAGGAGACUGAAAAGACAAUGGGUCUAUACAGGAGGACCUGUGCAUCUCUCUCUGCAUGCUCAGUGAUUAUUGAGCCUGCAAGUGCCAGUACUAACAACAUUUCCAUGCUGGUGUUGGAGACAUUGGCAGUGAGGAGAUGACAGACAUUUGACUCACUCUUUCACUAAAGAGACCGAAGCUGCACACUGGCCUCGCAGCCACAAACCACUGACUGACCUCAAGGGGUUCAUACACUCUUGACUUUCUCUUCUCUUUGUGGAGUUUAUUUCUUCCCAUGAAAAUUCAUUUUUGAAUUUAUACAUGUUUUUUCCAGGUUCCUACUGUCACUGUUUCUUAGCAGCCAGACGUGUUCACAUUUGUUUGAGCAAUCACAUCACAGCUUUUUGAGGGCGAACGCAAGGUGUGCCUCAGAACAGUGUGACAAUUAAUAAUAAUUAAUUUGCUUGAAGUCACGCUCCAGUUGAUGUCUGCCUGUUUUCCCCUCGAGUGUUGUUCUGAAACAUUUAAAUUACUGCGCAAAUCAGUACUUCAGAAAAAAAAACCUCUCUUAAUACAAACCUGCAUGCCAUGACAUCUGACCACUGUGACAACAUGUGCUUGGCUGCAGCUCAAAGCAUGACGGUCCUGUUAUGUAGCUUUUUUUUUUUUCAUUGUACAUUAAUUUUCUGUUGUUGAAAAUAUUCUGUAAUCCAACUUUUCUAAAGCUUUUAUACUUUCCAAUCAUUGCCAAUCAUCACUGGCCAUUUUUCUGGAGGUCAGAGCCUGGGUGUGCCAUGUUGGGCACAAAGCAGUUAGGAUUUUAUUGCUGUGCGUAACCUCUGAUGAAACAUGUUUAUACUGUAUGUGUUUGUGAGUGGAGGGGUCUGAAUGAAGGGGCCGUCACUCCUGCAAACCUUCCACACAUUGCACGGUCCUGUCGUACAGCCAGGCCACCCCGCUCUGUGGUUUCUGAUACAAUUCAUUAUUUCAGGGAAAUGAAAUUAUUUAUGUAUUUAUUCAUUUGUUUUGUAUUUAUAUGUUGUUGGUUUUGUGCAUCGAAGCCCUGGCUAUCAGUUCAGGUGCGGUGCAGCUGACUUUGUGUGUUCUCUGUAACAACCUGAUCUACUUUAUGACUCUUUGGCAAGAUGUGGGGAAGUGACUAAUCACCUGGUGGCUAAACUGGUCCUCUGUGACCUCUCAGCAUUAGUGACAACUGUCACAGUUGAUAUUUAGUUCAGUAUGGGUGUUAAAUACAACUACGUUCACACCAUUUGUCAGUGUAGCUGACAGCAGUGUUGACAGCAUGGGAGGAAAGAAUAGAGGCAUGAUUGUUGGGUAGAAAUUAUGCAAGAGUUGAUUGUUGACAAAGGCUGACUUUAUUCUUCUCUCAAAGAUGGUAUUUGUCAUCUCCUCAUAAGAUUACACCCUGUUUGCUUUAACCUUUUAAUGUAUUACAUCUGUUGUAUUAGGUCUUACUUAGUGAUUAUUAUCAUUUCUGCAGGGCAAUGUCAGUCUCAUGAGGUGAUUGGCAUGUUAGUCCAGGCUGUAAUCUUUUUAAAACUCCAACAUGUUUUGGUGGGAAGAGUCUGUGUCUCCUCUCUAAAUCCAGAGGGUUUUGCAGGUCCGUGAACGCAGCACAGGCGGAACUCUUCUUUUCUUCCAUCAGCAGAAGUUUUGGAGUUUUUAAACAGCAGGGUGGAUGAUUGAUUAGUCGAUCCGAUCACAGCUGAUCAGAUCAGAUCGAUGAAUUAGAGGAGCAGCUGUUUGUGACUGAAAGCUAAGUUUUAGACCCAGCGCAAUAAACGGUUAAGUUUCACUUUCACAACGGCUGAUGUUCUGCUGCUCCGUCUGUGCGCAGAGUGAGCUCUGCGCUGCAAGACUGUGGAACUGUGAAUAACUCAACAGUAUAUAUUUUCCAAUAUCACUCUCAAUGAACAGUCCAGCUCCAAAAAUAGAAAAUUAAAGCUAGGCGACAGACAAAUGAAUGUGUGGGAAACCCUGCAUUGUCUCACAUUGCCUGUGUCUCGGCCAGAAAGUUGCACUUGAGCACACCGUAAAGACUACAGCCAAUGACCAACUAGCACGGACACUGUGCGUCUGCGAGAGAGGAAAUAACUCUUCAUACCAAACUGUAACAACAAUACAACCCAAUGUUAAAAAAACAAAUGAUAUUUCCUGUGCACUAGCGAUCAAUAACACAAACAAUUGCAAACUGUUUCUGCUAUAGAGCUCAGUGGCAAAAAAAUAAUCUUACAUAAUAUAAUAAGUCUGUUUUGAUCCCACGCCCUUUUGAUCUUAGUCAUUUGUUUGCUUUCUUCAUUUGCGUUUCUCUUCUCGUAUGCUGAGCUGCCAAUCAGAGUGUUUUCAUUUACCGACGGGCUGCCAUUCAACAUGCUGAAUCAAUCGAAAAACAACUGUCAAGUGCUGACUAGUGCCAACGAUGUGGGACACAUUGCAAAAACUAGGGCGACAGACAUUGACUGACAGCCAGCUGUCGGCUUGGUGUGUCAGGAUUCUUGACAAGCUUAAGACUUAUACAUAUUGAUAAGACAUCCAUGAAAUGACCUCUGGCUAUUGACAAAGGCUUUGCUAGGUUCUUUGAUGAAGAAAUAGCUAAUCAUGAUGCAAAAACUGUUAAAACAUGAGAGUAUUGUUUGUGUAGCUGAAACAUCUUGGAGGGUGAUGCCACUUAAACACCUUGAGAGUCUACAAAUAUCAUCAUUAAGCAGCACUGUAACAUCUAAGAACAUGACAUAUUGUGCCUUAAAGAAGGGGUAUUUAUUUUGUUUUUCUGCAAUUUUUUUUUGUUUGUUGUAAAAAAAACAUGUGUAAUGGUUUGCCUCCCUGUUCUGUUUUUUUGAAGGGAUGCUCUAGAUUAGUUGUAACAUAAGAAGCUUCUCUGCUGGAGGGCUACAGCUUCUGACUGGCUGCUAACUGCAGGAAAAUUAAGUUAGAGCUCAGUGGCACUGUUUGUUAACUCCACGAUCUACAGUGCAUAGGCAACCAAAAUCUGAGAGAGCGUAUUUGAGGUUUUUAUUCACUCUGGCAUUUACUGUUAAUGCUUUGAACCUCACUGUACAAAAGUCACCUGUAUGUCACAUGGUUGGACUUUCCAGAUUUGAAUGCUGAUCCUAAGAACCUCUGCUUCCUUUAAACGGGCUCUAUUAUUGACUAACUUUAUGCCGUCAUUUUCCAAGGAAGAGAUGCCAUGGAGAUGCCAAACAAUACAGGGCUUCCAGUUUAUCAGGCUUAGGGUGUAAAAAAAAAAAGAAAAAGAAAAUUCCCAUCAAUUUCAGGCUACUGUGGGUUAUCAGGUGCUAUUUCCUGUGCUGUUGAGCUGCAUUUAUCAAACAAGCAGCUGUUUUAAGGACGGACACGUAUUCAUAGGGUGUGCAACAACAGACUGCAUCUUACGACAGCAUCUACUAAACGUGCUGACCAUAUUUAUCACCAUGUGAGCGGUUCACGUAUUAUCAAACAAGAGGUGAUGUGAAAUCUCAAAAACUGUAGCACACAGCGCUAUGUUAGCAUUACAGAAGCUGGCUUUAUCUGAAAAAGUGUCACACAGAAAAGGCAUUACUGAAGGUAGCAUUAUAACUUCUUCAAUUUUUUUCUGUCUAUGAUUACAGGUUUAGAGACGAUGAAGAAACAGAGCUGAUGUGUAACCUACCUCGGGUUUGCUGUGUCAGACACUGGUGGUUUAGAUUUGAGAUACUUUUCUGAUCAAAAGUGAAAGAUGUUCCUGUAUGCCUAAAAACUUAAGCUGGCCAUACCUUACUGUAUGUUUUCUGUCUCAUAUGUUACUGCACAUAUUUACACACAACUACUUUGUGUUUUGCAGUGGGGGGGGGGGGGGGGUGGAAAGAUAAAAAGAAGUGAGUUUGAAUUUUAAUGCAUUUUGAUGACAAUGACACUAAAUUAACUGAGGCACAAAAGGGGCAGAAAAUCAAACCACAAAGAAAAUAUUUUGUUGCUUAAUCAUCGUGUGGUUCCUGCUGUGGUUUGUAAUGGGAUUUAACUAAAUUUUCAGAUAAAUGUGAAUAGUAUGGCAAAAAAACUAGCACAAACAUCUUGAUAUUCUCUUCUGAGGCUGAACCAUCUGGACCAAGUAUUACCACUUAUUAAUGCCAGAACGUCUAUGAACCUGAUUUAUUAUUUCAACCUAGUCGCCACAAUUAAUGUUUUGGCAUUGUACAUUUCUGCAAACCACGGAUAUUUAACAUUUGUACGUAAUUAUGUAGAGGAUAUGUUGAAACUCUGCGUUUCUUUAUGUUUCAGUAACAUUGUGGUUAAUGUGUGGUUAGGUUUAGGCACAAAAACCACUUGGAUAUUGAUAGGAAAAGAUUAUGUUUUGGCUUAAAACACCUGCUGUUGGUGGCACAAUUGUUGCUGGAAAUGCCACCAGUGUCUCUCAAAAAAAAACCACUGUUGGUGGCACAGUCACCACUGGAAAUGCCAAUGAUUUCUGGCUAAAAAACACCCGCUGUAGCUGGCACAAUCACAGUUGGAAAUGCCACCAUUGUCCUGCUAAAAACCCACUUUUGGUGGCACAGUCACCGCUGGAAAUGUUGUUGAUGUGUUACCAGCUGGUGCUGGCACUGCUGGAAAUGCCAACCAGUAUCCCGCUAAAACAUAUCCUGUUUUUGGUGGCAUAUGUGCUACUGGAAAGGUUGCUGAUGUCUUAAAAAAUACCUGAUUUUGGUGGCACAAUUACAGCUUUAAAUUCUGCUAAUGUCUCAUUAAAAAACAACUGAUUUUGUUGGGACAAUGGCCGCUGGAAAUGCCACUGAAGUCACCAUUGUUGCUGGAAAUAUCACCAAUGUCCCAUUAAAAAACACCCACUUUAGGUGGCACAAUCACCGCUGGAAAUGUUGUUGAUGUGUUACCAGCUGGUGCUGGCACUGCUGGAAAUGCCACCAGUAUCCCGCUAAAACAUAUCCUGUUUUUGGUGGCAUAUGUGCCACUGGAAAUGUUGCUGAUGUCUUGCUAAAAAAUACCUGAUUUUGGUGGCACAAUUGCAGCUGGAAAUGCUGCUAAUGUCUUGUUAAAAAACACCUGAUUUUGGUGGCACCAUCGUUGCUGGAAAUACCAACAAUUUCCCAUUAAAAAACACCCACAUUUGGAGGCACAAUCACCACUGGAAAUGCCACCAGUGCCCCGCUAACCCCCUCCCCCUGUUCUUGGUGGCACAAGUGCCACUGGAAAAGCCACUAAUGUCUCACAAAAAUACACCUGAAUUUGGUGGCGCCACUAUGAAACUUACAAAUGUAACGUUCAGUGGUUUGCAGAAACAUAGAAUGCCAACAGAGGAUUCUUCUGGCGAAUGGGCUGAUUAUCUUCACAAAACAAAAAAAUUGCAGUUACAUAAAACACUUCUUCCUCAAGGUGUGGUGACUUCACCUGCUGGAAAUUAUGAUGAGUUUCUCUCUAUUGUAAUGAUGGGAAUUAACACCUCAAUUAAACUGUAUAGCUGUAGGACACAGGUGAAAGUCCUUUACAUGAGUCACCCCUUUUGUGUUUUUUUUUUUUUUCAGUGUUAUCUCCUUGGUAUCAUGCACUGCAUGCCUGGGCAUGAUAUAUCUCCCUCCAUGUACGCAAAGGCGCUGCUUUGUUUCCUUUUUGAGCCCGUUAAUAUUCUUUUCAAUUGCCUGUAGCACUUAUCCUCUCACUAAUGCGCACACAUGAUCGAAAAUUCAAUUUAAUAUGUGAUGUUUAAGUCAUACACAGUUACAAAUAACUCCCAAUACAAUGCCACUAAGUGUGCGGCUCCUCCCUCUUUCCCUUGAUGUCUUUGUGAGCCAGCGCUUCAGUUACCUUCAGUUCUUUGUUAGUGAGAUGACUCAUUCAUCUGUCAGCCAAGGAGAGCAAAACAACUGUGACUUUUGUGUGCAGUGUAACUAUGUCGUCAAAUGUCACACUGAUGCCUUACUCCUGUUUUUCCUGUUUACACCCCCGUAUGUCAUGAUGCCCUUUUAUUGUUUUACUGUAAAUUAACCAAGUGCCAAAUCACGAAGGUAUCAUUACUUCACAGCCUUCAGUGUUUGAGCAAAAGCAUAAUUACGGGCACUGUCAACACUGUAUACAAAUAUCUACUAAUGGAUCUCAUAGCAUCGAGCCGAAAUGAUGAAAAUCCCACACACACACAUACUCACACAGCUCCUGUGUAGCAGGACCUGUAUCAAGACUAUUCAGAUGGUUUGUAUUAUGACUUUGAAACUGAAUAUGAAAUAUUACAUACAGUUUGAUUGUAAGUUUUUGUUUGAAGGACAAGUUCACAUUACCUAAUCUUACAACAGCAGUCACAUGUCCACAUGUGCAUUGACUCAUUUUGUGCUGGCUGAAGUCGUUCCUCCUGUUCAUACUGGAAUCAAGUGGGUUUCUUCUGAAUUUACAGUCGGCUCAGUGUGAAACUUCCACAACAGUGUUUUUUUGUUGAGCAGAGUAAUAGUAGUAGAAAGAGGGAAUUGUGCACCAAAAAGACUAACUUCAGAAGAUAACCACUUGAUUUAUCUGACUCAGACUGUUGAAACAUCAUAUAAACUUUGGCUGAACUUUAGGAUUUAACUUGAGGGGAUUUCCUCAGGGCCAGUAUGGCCUGGAGGAACUACUAUAGUGACUGUUAUCUCUGUCGACAUACAUACAGGCAUGUGAGUAAGACAGACUUGAAAAAAGCUGAAACUAUCUUUUGAAAUGUUUGCCCUGUUUGGAAGAGUCACACAGAAGUGUCGGAAGUGACUUAUACUCAUAAAGUAAUAGCUGGUUGUCAUUUUUCAACA